CAAAAAUUGUAUAUAAGAAUGGGAUAUCGUGUUAGAUUACAUAUUCUGUUUGGUGAUAUCAAGAAAAGAUCAACAACCAACAAUAGAAAAUGUUCUCAAAGUGCGUCUCCAUCCUUGUACUGGCUGCAGUUUGCCAUGCUGGAGUUUUUGAACUUCCCCAAGUUCGUGGAUAUGCUGCACCAGCUCACCAAGUAGAAGAUUUUGACGCUCACCCCCAAUACGAAUUCAACUACGGAGUCCAAGACGCCCAUACUGGUGACCAGAAAUCCCAGCAUGAACAACGUGAUGGUGACGUAGUCAAGGGCUACUACACCGUAGCCGAACCCGAUGGUACCCUACGUACAGUCCACUACACCGCUGAUGACCACAACGGGUUCAACGCAGUCGUGGAGAAGCAAGGAACUCCCGUUUACCCAGCUCCAGCUGCUCACUCUGCACCAGCACAUAAUGUAUACUCUGCCCCAGUACAUAAUGUACACUCUGCCCCACUUGUGCAUGCUGCUCCAGUACAAGCUGCGCAGUAUGUGCACGCUGCCCCAGCUGUUCAUUCUGCCCCAGCUUACUACCAUCAUUAA